AGGAGGUGAUAAGGAGUAAGCUGGAAAAUAACAGGGAUAAGUAUAUGCCGUUGUGGGACAUAAUUGAUAGGAGAUGGGAUGGACAAAUGCACACUCCUCUCCAUGCUGCAGGAUAUUUUCUCAAUCCUCUGUUAUUCUAUAAGACUGACUUCCUGGAAAUUGAUGCUGAGAUCAAACAAGGCUUCUUCAAGUGCAUGGAAAAAAUGUUUCCUGACUUGGAAAAAUUUGAUGCGGCUACGAUAGAGCUGGAAAUGUACAAGCAUGCUAAGGGCUUUCUCUCUUCUAGGGCUGCUAUACAAAGCAGAAAGACAAUUCAACCAGCUGCAUGGUGGGCUUCUUUUGGAGAUGAAAUACCAAAUUUAAGGUGGAUGGCGGUGCGUAUUUUGAGCCAACCAUGUAGCUCAUCAGCUUGUGAGCGUAAUUGGAGUGUGUUUGAACACAUACAUUCUAAGAAACGCAACCGCCUAUCACAACAACGACUGAAUGACUUGGUAUUUGUUCAUCACAACCUCCGCUUGAAGAUAAGGAAAGCUCAAGGAACUAUUGAGGAAUGCUUGCCAAUUGACCUCGAUGAGAUAUAUCCAGAGUGCGAGUUGAUUGCUGCUGAUGAUGCUGAUGAUGAUGAUGAUGAUGUUGAUGAUGAUUAUGUUGUUGCUGAUCGUCCGCUUGUGUCUGAAGAUUUUGAUAUCAUGAGGCAAGCCAACUUUCGUCCUGAAUGGGUUGAAGGAAUUAGGACAGGCUCUUACCCAGGAGCUUCAUCAUCAGGGCCUCCUACUCUCUAGCAUGUCAUUGCCUACAUUUGAGAUUUUGGAAUUUUGUACUUAGUUUAUAGGUUGACUUUGUUCAAAGUCACAAACUAUAUUGUAAUUGACAUUUUGACAUCUAUCACCAUCUAGAUAUUAUUUAUGGUGUAGUAUAUUUUGUGGAACGUAAUCAGUGAUAUGAAUAUAAACAACAAAAAUCUAUUUCCUGCAAUUCAUGUUUUCCAGUGUCUAU